UUCGUCCGAGACCACAAGCCAACCACCACAAUCCUCUACGAGACACCUAUCUACACCCAUCGAACUCGUUUGUCACACAGCUUCCCGCAAGCAGUUUCAUAAGCUAGCGGUCUCGGAGUGCCUUCGAGAGGGAGAGAUGCAGAAUGAGGAGAACUCGCCUAGCUUUCGCCGCCGCAGGCUGAGCGAUGGAAGCCGACGGGAUGAGGCGGGGAGAGAGGACUCGGGCCGGAAAAGGAAGAGGCGCAUUCUCUCAUGUGAUACGUGCCGCAGGCAGAAGUGCCGAUGCGAGCUUGACGAGGAGUCGGAUGUUUGUGCGCGGUGCCGCUCGCUGAGGAUCAAUUGCACGUGGAACGACAGCGGCGAUACGCACUCGGUUUCUUCCCGUGAAGCACCAGUUAAGCCUGAUAUCGAAGGAAGGUUUCGAAGUCUAGAGGCUUGGAUUGUUGAACUCAGGGCGACGGUGCAGGCGCUCGCCUCUGGGAGUCGGCCAGACGUGGGGCGGGCUCUGGCGACAGGCCAUCAGGAACAGCAACAGCAACUGCGACCGCAGGCGCAGCCGAAUCGUACAUCUGUUGACAAGAACGGUAACAGAGACGCCAAUGCUGCCAAAGAGUCGAAUGACGAAGAUGUGGAGCCGGCGGAUCGGGACGUCUAUCUGUCCCCGGCGGAAGUCAUACGGAAAGUUGGGAGACAGCUGAGCGGGGGGCAUCGAAGGACAUUCGACGUUCAGACCGACGUUGUAUCGCAGGGCAUUUUGGAUGAGAAAACAGCCCGAGAUCUACUUGCCGAAUUUGUACGCCGACGACGGCACACUCUUCUAAUCAACAGCGAGGCCGACCUUGCCUCCAGGAACAUGGACCUCCGGCACGCAUCACCCUUUCUGCACGACGUCUGCUGUCUGCACGCAAUGCGGUUUUCGGAGCACAGCUCGUCGGUGCUGCACCGGCGCAUUUUUGAGCACGUUCGGCUGCAGAUGGGCCAGCUGAUGAUCGCGAGCCCGUUGCCCCUGGAGGAGUUGAUGGGGAUUCUGAUCAUGAGCCUGUGGGCUUCGGCACCGUCGGGACCCGAAUAUAUCGAUAGUUGGUUAGUAAGCGGACACUGCGCACAGCAAGCGAUGCUGAGCAUCAAUUUCUCGGAAAUUCUAUCGAGGACAAAGUCUGGGACGUCGACGGAGGGAGAUCAGAGGGUUAUGAGGCUUUGGGCCAACACCUGCUUGGUAAAUUUGCACUGGGCGGCGACAACUGGCCGGCCGGCGACUGUCCCGCCCGCAUAUCUCCGGCAGUGCAAACUCCUUCUCGACUUUGAGGAGGUGACGAUUAGGGACGCCAUGGUAUAUGCCGAAAUAAUGCUUUACCUAGUCCUGCAGGACAAGUUCUCGCAGGGGCUAUACCUGGGCAGUGAUGGCACAUGCGCGGAGCUUUCCGCGUGGAGAACCAGGUGGAACUCCUUGUUUGAACUUUCUGCCUCAUCGACGUUGAGAAUAAGCUACCCCAUCGCGUGGCUGAUCCUCGCCCGGCGCUCGCUCGAACACGACCAGGCCGCGCCAGACCAAGACUCCUUGUCGAGCUCGCCGAGACCUCACCCGGUUGACGCUGCGGCGAACGACGGGGCUCACGACCAGCCGGGGUCACAAGGACCCCCCGACAUGGCGCAAUCCCGCGUCAGCACCUUCGCGACGGAUGUCGUCCGGGCGUUCGUCGACAUGCCGGCCCCUCGCGCCGAGGAGUUGCCCGAGUUCCAUCGGCUGUGCGUGGCGUACGCGAUGCUUAUCAUCUCAAAGCACGAGCAGAAGCCGGCGGCGGCGGCGGCGGCGGCCGGGGGCUUGCCGUCCGACGCGGACGACGAGGUGUUGGCACUGCUCCGCGCUGCACAGAAGCAUAAUGGCGUCACGGGUAACAGUGCGCCGUCGGCGAUACAAUUCGGGCUCGAACGGGCUCUGAGGAAGGUCUCUUCACGAAUCGAGGCCCGCUCGUCAGCCGAUGGAGCCGUGCCAGGUCCCGCCGUUGCCGUGGGUCAUCAUUGGGGGGGUGGAAUACAACCACCGGGCAUGGUAACGGCUCCCACUUGGUCUCAGACGACGCAGCAACCGCAACAGGGCACCCCAGGUCAGCAGCACGGUCAAACCCCCUCCUCUUUUACGGGAGACACACUGGCCCCUGAGUUUGACGGCGCUCUGUCGCUAGAGACGAUGGAUUUUUUUUUCAGCGGGGGACACCUCGGGCUCGGAGACCACUCAUUCUUUUGAUCUUGGAGAUGGGUCUGUGACAUUCUGAUUAAUAGUCCACGUUGCAUUUUGGCAUGUCCGUACCGUAUCUAGCACGCAUUGCCUGAAACGCUGCCAAUCUCCAUCGCUGUGUUCAAAUCGAGCCAUGCUCUCUGUUUUCAACCAACUUCUGUGUUUUCCAGACAAAGUUCCAGCC